CCUUUCUCUCACGUUCUCUGUCAGACAACACUUUUUACGAUUGAACAUGAUGAUGGUGUUGUAAAGAGGAGAGUCUAGCUUUCAUAAAGUUUAUGUUAAUGAUAACGCCUGUUGGUGGCACAGAGCAACAAGUCACCUAACAAUCGCAGCUUAUUCUGAGAAACAGCAACAAUAACAGCAGUUGGAGGUUCUGAACGGAGGCAGGAGGAGAGGAGGAAGAAGAGACCCUCAGUAACACCAGGCAGCCGGAGACUCAGUCAUGCGUCCCAGGUCCAGAUUACUGGCGAAACGAGGCCUCCCCACCAUCAGGGAGGGCUAUGAGGAACUGGUGCAAGAUCUGAACCAGACCAACAGUCAGCACACUACUACACAAGAUUACUUCCUCUCCAUCUGCCAUCUGGCCCGGCCCACUUUCCCUUUACAUGAGCCCGACUACGACAUUCUUUCCAUCGGCCCUUUGAACUCCCCAAAGCCCUGCCUACGACUGCACCGCCUACGCCAGAAUCUGCAACCUCCACAACCGUGCACCUCCACAAGUAGUGACUGCGCAGUUCAGCAACCCCAGAGAGAGAAAGAAAUCACAAAAUGUGCUACAUCAGAACCGCUGCAGUCCCAAGCACCUGAAGAAACUAAUGCAUGCAGGGCUGAUGGCCCACACCCUACUGAUCCACUGGAAUACCUCUACAGCCACAGGGGUUCACUAGCAUCCACCCCUAGAAGGGGCAGCAUUCCCCCACACAGGCCACGGUGCGACACCUUCCCAUGUCUCUCAUCCGCACCAGUCACACAGCGCAAGAGCAGUUGCCCGGAGCUCUGUCUAGCAGAGACGAGCACUUCAGCCACAGUCUUGCAGCGGUCGCCCCUUAACAGGAAGAAGCUGGAUGAUUGCAACCUGGUCACACGCAGCAUUGUUCCCAAUAAGCUCGAUGGCGCCCCUGCUGGUUGGCGGGGGAAGAGCAGUCGCUGCAUGGACAAACAGACCAUAGUGUCGCACUGGAUCGCCGAGUGUCGCAGUGCAUGGAAGGAGGCCCGCAUUCGUGCAUGCAUGCUGCCCGCCAUCGCCGAGAAGUAACGUACGCCCGCAAAAAUCCCUUUCCAGUGAUGCCGAACAGGCAGACGUCAUGUAGAGUAAUGUGGAUUAUUGUGGAAUUAUGACUUUGCACUCCAGGUUUAUAUGCAUAUACAUUUUUGAUGUAUUUCUGAACCAGUGACCCUGAGUUACAAUGAAUGUCAAUGAUAAGACUGAGUCAGACCAGUAAUGUCCAGUCGUGAUCAAUAAAUGCAUUGAUUAUUGGAUGAUUUUAACUCUGUUUAGUUGAGAUUUUAAAAAGUAAAGAAGAUCUCUCAUCACAAUUGCAGUUCUUAGGAUGCUCAAUACAAUAUUCUUUUUUAAGACAAAGGUGUUAGUAAAUUUGCACUACUAGCAAAUUAGGGCAGCUACUGUAAGAAUUAAUACACCAUGCUUCCUAUAAUCUCUAAUUUGUGAAAGAUUAACUAUAAAAUGAGACUUAUGGACUAGGACACAUCCCUAGUCCCUUCCAUCACCCAGACAUGUUUAGAUCAUAAUACAGAUCAGAGAUUUGUUGUUUCGAUAUAAUACUUCAACAGUAAAUCCCUUUUAGUUCAAAAAACAGAAUGGUUAAGGGAACAAUUAUGAGCCUAUAGAUAUAGAAGGACUGGCCUUAAAUCUUUGCUAUGAAAACUCACUGCCAUCUACUGACUGCCAUGGCAAUAUAAUAGAGAUAAUGUUGAAAAUGUCCAUUAUGCUGGGACCGUUCAUGUCCAGAUUUGCAAACUUGUUGAUAAACGCUUUUAAAAAUAACAAAAGUCCAUUUGGAGGAUAAAUAGACAGGCAUUAUGAAAUUUCCUGUUUAGGGAUCACUUUAGUUAAAAAAAAUGAAAAUAUGCCCAUAUCUCAUUUUGAAAUUGAGAUUUAUGAGAAAAAGACAAUGUGGAGCUACACUGUUAUUCUCAAUAGACUGUUUGUACACACCUGAAAGUCUUGUUUCUCUGCAUUAAUUUGGUUUCGAUAUUUUUAGAUAACCUACUGAUAAAAGAUGAAUUAAUGCAUGUGACUUUCUAAAUUAUUUUGUAUUCAUGCAUAAAAAAUCUUGAAAUGAUUAUUAUUAUGGAUGUAAUGAUCCAAGAGAAAAUUGUAUAUAACACUAUGAGUAAAGGUAAUCUGUUGUUUGUACAAUUUUCAACAGCCUUGUACUUUCCCCCCACUUUUCUAAAUAAAUAAAAUGUCUGUGUGGUUUGAUGUU